AUGGCAGCAAAGUCUCUUGUCGUCGGCGGAACAGGCGGUAUCGGCUACGGCAUCGCCUGUCGCCUCGCCGCCAACUCCCCCUCAUCCACCGUCAUCAUCAGCGGUCGUACCGAGCCAAAGAACAUUCCCCACUCAAACAUCCAGUUCAAGCAAUUAGACGCGUCUUCCAUGCGCGCCAUCAAAACUUACACCGAUGAACUGAAAGCGUCGCAAGAUCGGUUCAGUACCCUCGUUGUCUCGCAGGGCAUCCUCACAACCGCUGGAAGAACAGAGACGCCUGAAGGCAUCGAUCGCAAGAUGGCGCUUCAUUACUACGGACGACAACUCCUCAUUCGCGAACUUCUCCCAACCCUUACAGAUGAUGCCAAGGUUUUGAUUGUGCUCGAUAGCACUGGUGGAAGUCCUGAUAAACUCAAUUGGGAUGAUCUUGAUCUCAAGAACAACUUCAGCCUCGGAAACGCAGCGUCCCACUGUUUGUCUAUGACAGACGCCAUGAUCCAGAACUACGCAGCCGAGCAGAAAGCCGAGGGAAAAACCCGACAUUUCAUUCAUGCGCUACCCGGUCUUGUCAAUACGAACAUCAUGCACGGACUCCCUUGGUACAUGCGUCUCCCUUCGGUUGGUCUAGCUUCUCUCGCGGGUGUUUCGCCUGACACUUGUGCCGAGUACAUGCUGAACGGCGUGGAUGAAGCCGUCAAGAUCAAGGACAAGAAUUACGCGUUUGUGAGUCGGAAGGGCAAGGUUUUUGAGAAGCCGGCUUGGAGUGAGGAGCAGAUCCGGAAAGUGAGAGAUCAUACAUGGCAAAUUGUGGAUGGCGCAUUGGCGAAGGCUUAA